AUAUUUCUCAAGCUAUAAGUUAGUGUUAGUAUGGAUCCGGUAAAAAUUAUCCUGGCUUCGCCCCUCGAUCUGGAGGCUGGUGGCCGCUGGCGCAGCGUACGCAAGGCAGCAUCCGACGGCGAGCUCGUCGCGAGGUUCUACUUCACCUACGGCGGGCGCAGCGUGGUGAUCGGGCCACCGCGUGCGUGCUGUGUGCGCCGGAGUUUCUGGACAUGGCGGCGGCGGCACACCAUCGUGGACGCCGUGAAGUGCAAGCGCCUGCUUCCGCUCGCGGGCUCCACCGACGAGGUCGACAGCUGGGGCAUCGCCGUCGAGGACAGCGCGAGCGUGGAGUCGUUGAGCACGAGGUGGACGGGGCAUGCCGAGCUGCUCCGCGGCACCGUGCGCUCCAAUAGCCGACCACGCUUUCGAGCUCUUCAAGGAUUGAUCAUCCGCAACCUGCCUCAGCAAUCGGAGUGUUGAGGUGCUCGCGACCGCCGCGCGCGUGCAUGCCAUCCACGAGGCGUAGUAGCCCCUGACGCUGCAGGUUUGUCUGUGACUCACACACGCACGCCAUAUGUUUGUUCUAAUGCUCUAGUGCAGCAGUGUUGCGAAUGCCUAACUGCAAAAGCACCAAGUCAAUCAGCGUGGGAUCACCUGAAUUUAAUGUUCUUUUUAGCCA